CCACCUUUCAUUAUAUGGACUAAAAAUUUAUUUAAAUUAACUAUAUUUUAGUUAAAUGAUAGUUUAUUUCUUAAAAUUUGAUACGUAUUAAGAAUAAUAUAAGCUAUAACAAACUAUGCAUUUCAAUCUCCAAAAUUGUCUCACUGUGAUGCUUUUUCAUCGGUGAGGUGAGAGAGAAGAAACUAACACACAUUCUCGUGAUCCGAACGCAACGUAGCAGAUCCAUCCAACAAGCUUAGAGAGAGACACACACACAAAACAAGAACAAGAAGAAAGGAGUGGUAGUAAAGUUAAUAAUGGCGUCGUCGUUCGACUCGUUUGAGGAUGACCAGCCACGUACUCAUCCAUCGCCGGGUCCGGGGGUGGAAACGGGUGGUUUCUUCGACGACGAUGACACCAACGACAUCGACAACGAUUCCCAAUACGGCAACAACCUCACCGUUGAUACAAACACCAAUCCUCAAUCUCCUGAUGUUUAUGGCUUUGGAGUUUCAACACCCUUCAAUGGCAACCAUGAUGAUGAUGAUGAUGACGACGACGGAACCUUCGCUUCAGCCGGCGGAGGAGGACCCUUGCUCCCUGAUCACACCCAAAUGCAGGAGGAAGGUUUUGCCAGGCGCGAAUGGCGACGUCAAAACGCAAUCCAUCUUGAGGAAAAGGAGAAAAAGGAGAAGGAGAUGCGUAAUCAAAUCAUAAAGAACACGUGUCCCAUUAGAAGAAUUACUUUUUUUGCAUGUGUUGAAGUGGAAGGCAUGUGGUGCAGCAGAAGGUCCCACGAUUGUAGGGUUGAUGAUGAUGUAAUAUGCAAAGUUGCUAGGGCGGGGCGAAGUUAUUUCUUGGAGCAUGCAUUUAGGUCCCGUAGUUGA